CAAAUUAAAUCGAUUGGCGUUCACUUCAUAUUCGCAAUGAUUGUGAUACUGCUUUUGCUUGCGUCAGCCGCGCUGCUGUACAUCUACCUGAAGAGGACCUUCAGUUUCUGGGAGCGGAAGGGUUUCCCCUAUAUUGAGGGAAAGAUACCCUUUGGCGCCAUGGAUUCGGUGCGUCAGAAAAAACGAUCCUUCGGCUUGGCCAUCUAUGACAUGUAUCUGGCCAGCACUAAACCCUUCGUGGGCAUCUAUCUCACCUUAAGGCCAGCGCUGCUGGUGCGCGAUGCACAAAUGGCCCAUGAUAUCCUGACCACGGAUUUUGGCCAUUUUCACGAUCGUGGAGUUUACGUGGAUGAGAAACACGAUCCCUUAUCUGCGGAUCUGUUCUCCAUGGAAGGCAGCAGCUGGAGGACUAUGCGCACAAAGCUCUCGCCUUCGUUUACAUCGGGCAAGCUGAAGGGCAUGUUUGGUACUGCGGAGGACGUCGCGGACAAGAUGAUGGGCCAUUUGAAUGGCCAAAUGCAGCGGUCAGGCACUGUAGAAGUCGAUAUGAAGAAUUUGAUGUCAUCCUAUGCUAUUGAUAUUAUUGCCUCGACGAUAUUUGGCCUAGAUGUGGACAGUUUUUCGAAUCCUGACAAUGAAAUGCGUCGUAUAAGUGGGGAGGUUAUGAAACCGACUGCAAAGAAUCUUUUGCGUGGAACAACAUCCUUUUUAUAUCCCAAGGUUGAGAAGAUUUUCAAUCGCCUGGGCUGGCAUAUUGAUGGCCGGAGAGGUAUGCGAGAUCUGGUGUAUCACACAAUUUCACUUAGAGAGAAGAACAACAUUGAGCGUCGUGACCUAAUGCAACUAUUGCUGCAGCUCCGCAACACCGGACAAAUCAGCAACGAUGAUGCCGUCUGGUCGAGUCAAGCAGCAGCACAUGGCAUCAAGUCCCUGUCAAAGGAUAACAUUGCUGCACAGAUGUUUCUAUUCUUUAUUGCCGGCUAUGAAACGACUGCAUCAACGGCCGCAUUCACUCUAUACGAGUUGUCACAGAACCCGGAUGUGCUGGCCAAACUGAUGGAUGAUAUCAAUCAGACACUUGCUAAGCACAAUGGAGAGCUUAACUAUGAAAGCAUACAGGACAUGAAGUAUCUGGAAUUGUGCGUUAUGGAAACCACUCGCAAAUACCCAGGUCUACCGUUGCUGAACCGCAUGUGCAACAAGGACUAUCCGUUGCCAAACAGCAAGUUAGUGCUUGAAAAGGGCACAGAAAUAAUUAUAUCGUUACUUGGCCUUCAUCGUGAUCCCGAAUAUUUUCCGGAUCCACUCAAAUAUCAGCCGGAACGCUUCACGGAGGAGCACAAAAACUAUACCCCUGCGGCCUAUAUGCCUUUCGGGGUUGGGCCGCGUCAGUGCAUUGCGGCCAGAAUGGGCAAGAUUAAUGUGAAGAUUGCAUUGACCAAAAUACUGACCAAUUAUACGAUUGAGACGCGAAGUGAGGUGACCGAGAUUGAGUUUACCGUUAACGGAGUAGGUCUGCUUGCAAAGGGCGGUGUUCCCGUUAAGCUAUCUAAGAAGUUGAAGCUCACCAACGUACAAUGAACAUCCCUAUAGAACUGUGGCCAAUCGAAUCUAUAAGCUCUCGAUCCAGAGCGUCAAUUCACCAGUUCAGAUGGUUAUAUGUUUUCUCUAGCUUGGCAGACGAAAGGAGCAUAGCAACUGUUGUACAUGGGUUAUCUACCCAUUAGAUAUAAUCAUAUUGAUAAUAUAAUAAUGAACUAAUUUGUCAUAAACAAAAAUACUGAAGCUAA